AUGAAUAACUUGCACUUAUCCUCAACAGUAUUAAAUGAGAUACAAAAUCCUGAUGAUUUUAUCGUUGUUUGGACUUCUUCAAAUGAUGCACCGAAUGAAUUAAAUAACUUUGCUGAUUAUUUCAUGAAAUUUGAUUCAAAUGAAACUGCUCACAACUAUAUAGAAACAUCUAAAAGUGAAGGGAAAAUUCUUCUCAUAUUGACAGAGUUCGAAUCUCUAUCGGCUUUUGAAAAUUUGAUUCAAAUUCAGUCAAUUUAUGUUUUCGACAGAAAUCAUCAAAAUACGCAAUUUGAAAAAGAACAUCAUCCAAAAUUAGUUGCUAUAUUCAAAGAUAUCAAUAGCUUAAUCGAGCGAGUACGUAAAGAUAUAUUGUUAACACAUAGAAGCGAUUUAUCAAUAAGUAUUUCUUCAUUAAAUGAAAUAAAAAUCGAACAGUCUUUAACGAGUUUACAUGGAAAUACAUUAAUGUUCUUGUGGAAUCAAAUUUUUUUUCAUUAUCUGAUAAAACCGUCAACGGUUCAUAUGGGAAAAUUAAAGGAAGAUAUGUUAGAACAAUGUCGAUUGGAAUAUCAGCAUGAUCAAAGAGAAAUCGACAGAAUCAAUGAUUUUGGUCAGAAUUGUUCAGGUGACAAUAUAUUACAAUGGUAUACGAAAGAUUCAUUUUUAUAUCGACUUUUAAAUAAAGCAUUCCGUACAAGAAAUAUUGACUUAAUAUGCAAGUUUCAAUAUUAUAUUAUUUUGUUAUAUAAAAAAUUUCAAGAUUUAUCAAAAGAACAACAAGAUAGCCCUUCGUUUGUUUAUCGAGGACAAAUUCUUAAUGAAAACGCUCUUAAGGCUUAG